AUGCCGCACGCGACAGCUACCUCUCCAGGGCCCGAGGUCGAAGAUGCCGACUUCGACAAUGUCAUGCGACAGAUGAACGGGCCCAUGACGGAUGGCGGCAUGUCCUUCGACUUUCUAUCCCGAGAACUUGAACCCGGUGAGAAAGCGGAUGAUGCGGUUGAUUACGAGGAUUUUGAUGACGACGAGCUUCCGGAGGAAGAAGAAAUCACCCAACACAACGCACGAGCAGUGGCGGAAAAUGGCCUUGAAGCUCCGGAAACAUCGGAUGAUGCCCUUUUCGGAGGUGGCGGGGAUGACUUAUUUGAAGCGCCUGGAAAAGAUGAGCAGGCUGCGCCCGACGAGCUGGAUGACUUGUUUGGGGAGGCACCUUCAUCACCGCGCCCUGACUUAGCCGACGAGACCCGGGAUUUAUUCUUUGAGGAGGAAGAACGCCCGACGGCAGUUCAGCGACCACAGGCGAUUCAGAUGGACGAGGAUCAGGAAUUACUGCAGGAUGAUGAACCGUUAAGUCCUGUUGCUGAUGAUAUGGAUCCUGCUUCUCUACGUGCCUGGAAGUUACAGCAAGCUUUGUUUGCCAUGUCCAACGUUGGUCCAGACAAUCCUCCGGCGCCGCCUGAGAAUGUCGAAGAACUGCUCCAAUCUUUAUUUCCCAUGUUCGAGCGCAAUACCCUGCCUCGUUUUCUUGAAUUGAUUCCACACAAGAAGGCCUAUUUCGUAGGCAAAACGCCACUGAAGCCGCCAAAGCCGGUUCUGCCAGGAAAAGUGAAUAUCGAAUUAGCACAGGAUCAGGAGAAAGUUUUCAGGUCUGGCGGUCAAACGUUCAAGCGCUCGUUGGAAGCCGAGCACCAUGGCAUUGUCCCAGUUGCCGAGACAUCGCAGGAAGAAGAGGAAGAAGAGGCUCGAGACGAGUUUGAUCUUGAUUACGAAUCUGACGAACCACUUCCUGGAGGCAUCACCGCGGAUGAUCUUCGCGUGGUCUGCGCGGACUGGGAUGUUCGGGAUGACAUCCCCACUAUGGAUAUCGACGAACCUGCAAUUGUAGAGAGCGCCGAGGAUGACUGGCUUUUUGAGACAACAAGGCCAGCCAAGAAGCGCAAACUCGGCCGAGAUCCCAUGGAAAUAGUUUCAUUAUCCCAUAUUGAUUUGCCUCUCCUCGACGAUCCGGAGCAAGCAAGCUCCAAGGUUGCGCAGAAGGUCACUUUGGACUUGAACGACCCAUACAUGCUGCUUGAUGAGCGAGGUCCUGAUACUGCUGCAUCGAAACCCAGAGCAUCAGGCGUCCGCAGCAGAGAUGAGAUGGAUGCCAACGUUACUCGGCGUCUCACAGCGCGCUAUAACAUUUCAAACGACCAGGCCUACGACAUGCUUAAACAAAACCAUCAGAACAAGGUUCGCAGCACUCUGGGUAAUGUCACUCUAGAGCACAGUAUGCCCGCAUUACGUUUGCAGUGGCCUUACUACAAGACGGAGCUAGCUAAGGCCGAAGCAAGAUCUUUCCACCGUCCAGCAUUAUCAUUUAGACCUGGACAGAGCUGUUGGUUCAAGAAUCCUGCUUAUAUUAAACGCAAGCACCAGAAGGGCAAGGAUAUUCGCCAGCUCUACGACUCGACCAAAUCGCUUUCGAUGGCAGACAACUCCCAUGUUCUAUUGGUUGAAUAUUCGGAGGAGUCACCACUCACCCUCUCAAAUUUCGGUAUGGCCAACCGUAUCAUCAAUUAUUAUAGGAAGAAGAACGCGGAAGACCCUACCCGGCCUAAGGCCGAGAUUGGGGAAACCGCAGUUCUUCUGCCUCAGGACAAGAGCCCGUUUUCCAUCUUCGGCCACGUUGAUCCUGGGGAAGUGACACCCGCCAUCUCUAACGCCAUGUAUCGCGCGCCUUUGUUCUCCCACCAACCAAAAUCCACUGAUUUCCUUGUCAUUCGCAAUAGUACAGGUUCAGGUGGUAGUGACUACUACAUUCGAAACAUUGAUAACAUAUUUGUGGCUGGGCAACAGUUUCCUUCUGUCGAUAUCCCGGGUCCGCACUCUCGGAAGGUUACGACGGUUGCAAAGAACCGGAUGAAGAUGCUGGUUUACCGCCUACUGAAGAAGAGCCCUGACCUUCGGCUGUCCAUAAGCGACGUCACUGCUCACAUUCCUGGCACGAGUGACAUGCAGAAUCGCCAGAAGGUCAAGGAUUUCCUUCAACAUGAUAAAGACACCAAAUAUUGGGUGCCUCUUGAACCCGUACCAGAGCAGGAUGUCAUACGAUCAUGGGUGCAACCGGAAGACGUCUGUCUUCUUGAGGCGAUGCAAGUCGGUCAACAACAUCUGCAUGAUACCGGAUAUGGCAAUGAUGCUGAGACUGGAGGCGACGACGAUAACGAUGAGGAGUCGGAAAGUUUUGAGCAACAAAUGGCGCCGUGGAAGGCCAGUCGAAACUUCUUACUGGCGUCGCAAGGAAAAGCUAUGCUGAAACUGCACGGCGAGGGAGACCCUACAGGACGUGGAGAAGGUUUCAGUUUCAUCAAGACAUCAAUGAAAGGAGGGUUCAAAGCAAUUGGUGAGAGUGUUGAAGACAAAUUGGACGCGCAACGUUUGAAGGAGCUGGGCGGCCACAGCUAUAACGUUGCACGCCAACAAAAGUCUUAUGAAACGUCUAUUCGGCGAAUUUGGGACGCUCAGAAAGCAAGCUUAUCGUCCACUAUUGAACAUUCGGAUGACGAGGUUAACAUGUCCGAGGAAGAGGAAGAUGACUUUAACAAGCCGACUCCGCGUUCGGAGGCUCCCACACCCGCUCCCGCCCGCCGGGAUGAUGAAACGACCAGUCAAUUCAGUAAAAUGAGUCGAAUGAGCAUGUCGGCUCAUAAAGGCAAAGUCCUUCGUAUUGUUCGGCAGGUUCAAGAUAAGGACGGAGUCCGCCAGAAAGAGACUCUGGUUUCAGAUCCGCGAGUGAUUCGACACUACCUGCAGCACCGACACCGGGUUGAGUCGCUUACCACAAACCUCGAACAAGAAUUAAGUCGCCUAAACCGCAACAAAGAACGCCGCUUCGCCCGCGAAAAGCAAAAGGGCGUCCUCCGCAACUCAGCAGACUCCCCCGCCGACGGCGCCCCAGGAUCCUCCAAGGCAGGCGGCACACAGCGCAAAUGUGCCAACUGCGGCCAGGUUGGCCACAUCAAGACGAACAAAAAGUGCGUAUACAACCGCUCCCGCUCUGCCGGAGCGGCCGAUGGAUACCCCGAUUCCUUUGAUAUCACACAGUCGUUCUUUGUCAACCCCUCCACUACCUUCCCUUAA